AUGUUGAAUCGUGUUGGAUUAGCUAGAGUUGCUCGCCAAGUGAGUUCUCGGAGGGUGUCGGUGUUGUGUCGUGCUCGCGGAAAGAGCGUGCCACGUCGGUGCUAUUCAGCUUCUGCCGGCGGACAGGGCUCUGCUAGCGGUGGAAGUCCGUUGUACUGGUCAUUGGGUGCUGCAGCUGCACUCUCUGCGAUUUAUUUUGUGUAUCCGUUCGAAAAGAAAGCAAAACAGGAGCCAAAGGCCGAUCUGAAGCCUGAGGCAGAGCAGCAGGCCGGCGAGGAGCCGGCCGUCGAGUCUGAGAAGGAGCCUGAAAGCGUAGCUGAAGAUUCUGAGGAGGAGCCACAACAAGCGACCGAGGAAGUGCGCAACUCGGAACCGACCAAGGAAAAUACUGUCAGUUCCACGGACUCCAAGCAGUCUACAAAGAGCAUAAUGUCUGACGAGGAGCUGCAAAAAGUGGAAGAGGCACAAUUGGAGCCUACUAACCAGGAAGCUGAGAAAGAGGGUGCGUACAACCCUGAUACAGGGGAAAUUAACUGGGAUUGUCCUUGUUUAGGAGGUAUGGCACACGGGCCAUGUGGUGAAGAGUUUAAGCUUGCAUUUUCUUGCUUUGUUUUCUCAGAAGCUGAGCCCAAAGGAAUCGAUUGUGUUGAGAAAUUCCAAGGUAUGCAGGAGUGUUUCCGCAAAUAUCCUGACUAUUACGCAGAACAGAUCAAGGACGAAGAUGAAGCGGUAGCUGUGCAUGAGGACAAGCUUGCAGCUGCAACAACGGGUGAGGAGGCCAAGCAGGGCACCAGUGCCGUGGAUCAGCCGGACGAGAAGGGCUUGCCUGAACCCGCUUCGACAGCGGGCGAAGCAUCCGCCCAAGAGGACAAGACAGCAGAGACCAGCGGGUGA